AUGGGAGAAAUCUUACGUUCUGCAGAGCUGGAAUGCCCAUCCAGCCCCGCUCGUUUGGAAUAUACAUCUGACAAACAUCCACGACACACGCUGGAAGCUGUAAAUCUGUUACGGAAACAUCGUGAACUUUGUGAUGUAGUACUCGUUGUUGGACAACGGAGAUUGUUUGCACAUCGUGUUGUUCUUUCUGCCUGUAGUCCGUAUUUUCAUGCUAUGUUUACAGGAGAACUUGCAGAAAGUAGACAAACAGAGGUGACAAUUCGUGACAUAGAUGAACAUGCAAUGGAACUUUUAAUUGACUUUGCAUACACUUCACAUGUGGUGGUAGAAGAAGGCAAUGUGCAAGUUCUCCUUCCCGCUGCCUGCCUUUUACAGAUGGCGGAGAUCCAAGAGGUGUGCUGUGAGUUUUUGAAGCGCCAAUUGGAUCCAUCCAAUUGCCUUGGCAUCAGGGCUUUUGCUGAUACACAUUCUUGCAGGGAGCUGCUCAGAAUUGCAGAUAAAUUCACUCAACACAACUUCCAAGAAGUUAUGGAAAGUGAAGAAUUCCUGUUACUUCCUGUCAAUCAGCUUGUGGACAUCAUCUCAAGUGAUGAACUUAAUGUGCGGAGUGAAGAACAAGUUUUUAAUGCAGUCAUGGCUUGGGUUAAGUAUGAUGUUACCCAACGUAGACAACAUCUUACUCAGGUUCUUCAGCAUGUACGACUUCCUCUCCUCAGCCCAAAGUUUCUUGUCGGGAGUGUGGGAGCGGACCUACUGAUUCGUGGGGAUGAGGGUUGCCGAGAUCUUGUAGACGAAGCCAAAAACUAUCUUCUACUACCUCAGGAGAGACCUUUGAUGCAAGGACCCAGGACUAGGCCACGAAAACCAGUGCGCAGAGGGGAGGUACUCUUUGCAGUGGGUGGCUGGUGCAGUGGGGAUGCAAUUGCUAGUGUUGAAAGAUAUGACCCUCAAGGCAAUGAGUGGCGCAUGGCUGCACCCAUGUCUAAGAGAAGAUGUGGUGUGGGAGUAGCUGUUUUGAAUGACCUUUUGUAUGCAGUUGGAGGUCAUGAUGGUCAAUCCUAUCUCAAUUCCAUUGAAAGAUAUGACCCACAAACUAAUCAGUGGAGCUGUGAUGUUGCCCCUACAAGCUCUUGCCGUACAAGUGUUGGUGUAGCAGUUCUGGAUGGAUAUUUGUAUGCAGUUGGAGGGCAAGAUGGCGUUUCUUGCUUGAACUUCGUUGAGCGAUAUGAUCCACAAACAAAUCGUUGGACCAAAGUCGCUCCUAUGAGCACUAAAAGAUUAGGAGUGGCUGUUGCUGUAUUGGGAGGAUAUCUGUAUGCAGUAGGAGGCUCAGAUGGAUCUUCUCCCCUCAACUCAGUGGAACGUUUUGACCCUCGCACAAAUCGUUGGAGCAAUGUGGCUUGCAUGGGCACAAGAAGAAAGCAUCUUGGAUGUGCCAUCUACAACAAUACCAUCUAUGCUGUUGGAGGAAGAGAUGAUACUACAGAGUUGAGUUCAGCUGAACGCUAUAACCCACAGACCAACCAGUGGCAGCCUAUUGUAGCCAUGACUUCUCGGAGAUCGGGAGUUGGGCUUGCUGUGGUAAAUGGCCUUCUAUAUGCUGUUGGCGGCUUUGAUGGAACUUCUUAUCUGAAGACAAUUGAAGUAUAUGAUCCAGAACAGAAUCAAUGGCGACUAUGUGGUUCAAUGAACUACAGACGGCUUGGUGGGGGAGUAGGGGUGGUAAGAUUACCCCACCAUGAAGCGCACUAUUGGUAAACAAAUUCUGCUACAGCUGAAAUGUGAAUGCAAUAACAUUUUGUGAAUAUUUCUUUAUGCCAUCUGAUACAUUUAACUUCCUCAACAACUUAUGGAAAAGAUUAAUUUGUUGAUGUGUUAAAUUGUGACUUCUUCAAAAAUGAUACGAAAACCUUGCCACUCUCGGCUAAUUCAAGACUGAAAGAGGGUGUAUUGUAAAAUUUUUAAAUAUGUAUGAAGCAAACUUGCUAUUGCCAGUGUGAUUUUUGGAAUGGCUGUGGUGUAUGUGUAUUAUAAAUUCUCCUUGACAGGAAGAAUGUUUGAGUUAAUACUAAGGAUGACAAAUCAGUUUUUUCAAAGUAGGGACUAACUAAAAGCGAAAACUCUCUUGUGCCACACUAGAACAGUAUUUGGUAUCUUUAGAAUAUUUUGAUACUUAUGAUCAUGAAACUCAU